CUUUGCGCCAACGUAAGGGAACCCGGCAAAUUAUACAAAUGCAUGGCUAUUUGGCUAUUCGAUGAGUACACCUGGACAAAUACAGUGAUACUCCAUGGACUUGUGCGUGUUAUUGUGCUGGUCUUCAUAGUGGGCUCUUUUUGUCUAGUUGUUUUACGUAGGCAUGUUCUGGUGAGAGUGCUCUGGAUUUUUCAAUUAACACACAAUUAAUGACAAUAAAACACACUGAGUGAAAAGGAAUAACCACCAAGGCUUCUCUCUAGUCAAGCUGAAUUACAA